GCCACCUGGAUCCUGCUAAGAACCUGCAGAACCGGGACCGAGAGCCGAGGAUGAGCGCCAGAUAACGGUUCGGUUCGGUUCGUGAUGGAGCUCGGGAACGGAUUCGGAUCGGAUCCGAAUCGAGACAGCGACACCGACACUAUUCCUCGCGUCGAUCCGGAUCAGACACAGAAAAAGAGAAGGAGCUGCCAGAAAUGUCUGAUUGGUCUCAUCUUCACCAUCAUCAUCCUCGUCUUGGCAGGAUCUUCAUCUCUUCUCUGGUACUUUCUGGAGUACAGGGUGUGGGUUCUGGAGCCGCGGCUGGUCCAGCAGUACACAGCCAGUGUUUCUAUAGUGAAUCUGAACUUCUCGGUCAGUCUGUCCAGUCAUGAGAGCUCAGAGUUCAGAGCGACGGCUGCGUCUGUGCAGAACAUGGUGGAGAAGCUACUGAAGUCCACAGACCUGUCCAGAUACUUCAACUCCAGCGCAGUGUUUGCGUUCGGGAACGGCAGUGUUGUGGCUCAUCUCUGGCUGCGUCUGUGGGUUCCCAGCAGUCGUGUGGAGACGGUGAGCGUCCAGCGACUGAACGAGAGCGUGUUCAGAGAACUGCAGCGCUUCAGCGACGCUCAGCAGAUCAGCCGAUACGAGGGUUUACAUCUGCUGCUGGCCUCGCUCAGCUUCACCGAAACCAACCCCAAAGUUAUAGAUCUUUUUCAAGCUACAUUUGACUGCUAUCGCUACACGGCUCUGGUCUCGGCGGAGCCGGUGGUUCUGGAGGGGCCCAACACGCAGCGCUCGUCGUGUCUGUGGCACCUGAGGGCCCCUGCGGGCUUCCGGCUGGAGCUCAGGGUCGAGUGGCUCCUGAGCGAGUGUCGCGACCGUCUGAUCAUCUAUGACUCGGUCACACCGACAGACUCUCGUCUCAUCACCUCGCUGUACGGCUGCAGUCGGUACGAGCAGACGGUGCAGCUGCUGUCGUCUGCUGACUGGAUGACAGUGGUUUGGAAACAGGGUCUAUACAAUUACAAGGAUCCAUUUUCACUGAGUGCACGAGCCUGGCCGAACCAGGAUUGUUCCUACAGUGUUGUGUUAGAGAAGAUAGACGGUGACCAGGGCAUUUUACGGACGCCCUUCUACCCCAGUUAUUACCCUCCUGACACCAACUGCACCUGGAUCUUCACUGUGCCAUCGGUGGAGUUUGGUUUGACUCUGUCCUUUGAAGGAUACGAGCUGAGCCGCGCCAGUUACAGUCAGACCUGCACACAGGGCAGAUGGAGCAUCCAGAGCCGGAGGCUGUGUGGAGUGCGUGGUUUACAGUCGUACGCUGAGCGGAUCUUCCUGGUGUCCAGCACCGUCUCCGUGUCCCUGACGUCUGAGGUGUCUCUCACCGGCCCAGGCCUGCAGGUUCACUACAGCAUCUUUAACCAGUCCGAUCCGUGUCCCGGUCAGGUGCUCUGUCACAUUAACGGUCUCUGUGUGCCGGCGUGUGAUGGAAUCGCAGACUGCCCCAAUGGACUGGAUGAGAGAAACUGCGUGUGUAUCGCUCAGUUCCAGUGCUCAGAGGACAGUCAGUGUGUUGACUCCUAUAAAGUGUGUGACCAGCAUCCAGACUGCAUCGACAGCAGCGACGAGGAAAACUGCACUCACGGUGUACUGUGUUCUGACAGGACGUAUGUAUGUGGAGAUGGAACGUGUCUGAAGAAGCCAAACCCAGAAUGUGACUUUAUCACGGACUGUCCUGAUGAAUCUGAUGAGAAAUACUGCGACUGUGGACUGAGGCCGUUUAGCAGUCGUGUGGUGGGCGGGGCUGAUGCCGUGGAGGGGGAGUGGCCAUGGCAGGCCAGUCUGCAGAUCAGUGGGCGGCACAUAUGUGGGGGGGCGUUAGUCUCCGCCCAGUGGGUGGUGUCUGCGGCUCACUGCUUCUAUGAUGACGGGUUCUUCUCUCCGUCCGUGUGGACUGUGUAUCUGGGCAAACUGCGUUUGUAUGGUAACAGUCAGACGGAGGAAGCCAUCCGCGUGUCGCACAUCCACCUGCAUCAGUACUACGACGACGAGACGCACGACUAUGACGUGGCUCUGCUGCGUCUGCUGAGGCCGGUGUGGUCAGGGACUCUGGCUCAUCCGGUCUGUCUUCCGCCGCAGACGCACCAGCUGGAGCCGGACGUGCUGUGCUGGGUCACGGGAUGGGGCGCGCUGCGGGAGGGAGGAGCGGUCAGUGACGUUCUGCAGAAAGUCGACGUGCGAUUGGUCAGCGAAGACGCCUGCGUGCGUUCCUAUGGUUACAUGAUCACGCCCAGAAUGAUCUGCGCCGGGUAUCGCAGCGGAGGGAAGGACUCCUGUCAGGUGACCCGUCACGAUCGUGUGCCGGCGACUCCGGCGGGCCACUGGUGUGUCAGGAGCCGUCUGGACGCUGGUUUCUGGCCGGUGUGGUGAGCUGGGGCCGAGGCUGCGGAAGACCUGACUAUUAUGGGGUUUACACACGAAUCACCAAACUCACCGGCUGGAUCAAACGCCUCCUGAGGAACACCUGAGCUCACCUGGGACCAUUAAAAACAAAAAACCUCCCCAAAUCGUUCCCCAGCGUCUCUGUGCUUCAUGGGAAAUGAGGUUUGAUGAAGAUGUCAGACAUGUGGAAAUGUUUAGCUAGCCUAGAUAUAUCCUCAUUUAAAGGGAUAGUUCAUUCAAAAAUGAAAAUGACUUUAUCAUUGACUCACCCUCAGGCCUUCCUAUGUGUAUAUGACUUUCUUCUUUCAGACGAAUCCAAUCGGAGUUAUAUUUAAAAACGUCCUGGCUCUUCCAAGCUUUAUUUUCAAUAGUCCAAAAGAAGACAAAAAAGCGCAUCCAUCCAUAAUAAAAAGUGCCUCACACGGCUCCAGGGGGUGAAUAAAGGCCUCCUGAAGCGAUUCGAUGCAUUUUUGUAAGAAUAUCCAUAUUUAAAAUGUUAUAAAUAGUAUAACUACUAGUAUAACGGCACACUAUUUCCCUGUUUUAUACUGUAAAGCUGCUUUGACACAGUCUGCAUUGUAAAAAGCUCUAUAUAAAUGACGGUGACUUGACUUGACUAAUCUCUAGCUUCUGCUAACUGGAUGACGUAGGACUCAGCGUGGCGUAAGCUCCGGUGAGAAUAUGUUACUUUUCUAACACGAGAACCAGCGUUUGUUUACAGGAUCAAAGGAAGCAAAGGAAAACCGGUCUCCUCUGGGCUUAUAUCGAAAUCCUCCCACAUUUUUCUUUGCAACUCCUCGUUUUGUACUUCUAAUUCUAAUGGAUGCGCUUUAUUGAACUUCUUUGGGACUAUUGAAAAAUAACACCCAUUCACUGCCAUUAUAAAGCUUGGAAGUGCCAGGACGUUUUUAAAUAUAACUCCGACUGGAUUCGUCUGAAAGAAGAAAGUCAUGUACACAUAGGGUGGCUUGAGGGUGAGUAAAACAUGGGCUAAUUUUAAUUUUUGGGUGAACUAUCCCUUUAAUAUCAGCUGCUCCAGAGGACAUGAUUUUAUUUUUUUUAUGCAUUUUAUUUGUAAUUAUUCAGACAAAAUAGUCUAGAAUAUCAGCCAUUCGGUAAUCAUCCACAACACAAAAUAAUUAUUGACCUGUCAUAUCGCUGCAAAUCUUCAUAUGUUUAGCAGAGGUUUUAAGAUGAUUCAUCCAAAACUGAAACUUCUGGGGUGCUGGGGGCGGGGCCACGGUGGGGGAUUUUAGACAAAAUCCUAAUAUUAAACAGCCCAAAACUCUUAUAGAUGAACAUAUACAAAUGAAUGAAGACAGAGUAAUGAGAACGAAUAUAUAUUUGUGCUUUUGUGAUUUUAGUUCAAGAAUUUUUUCUUUAAUAUUUCUAUUAUUUAAGGGGAUUUUACUUAACGAAGUUUUGGUCAGCGCGUGCGCUCACUGACUGAAUUAUGCACUUUGGCGAAUUCUCUCAUCAGAAACGACAAAGUGCAGAUGUACAUGCGAUGUAAAUAAGAUAUUCAUUCAUCAUACACUGCUUCACUUAUUAUAACUGGAGCUUUUUUUAGUGCUCACAUUCAGUUAUUAUAGCCUAUUAUUUGAAAAUGUAAUGUUCUUUGCUUACUGUAUAAUUUGUUUGAAGAAUCGUGGACAUGCGGCAUUAUAAUUAAACUUAAAAUGUCUUUUUAUUAAACGCGAUCAGGUUAAAUGCAAAUUCAGUCUUUUAAAAUACUUUGACAUAACAUGGUACUUGCCCAAAUCUUUAUGCUGUGCAUAGUUAGAUUACAUUAGGCUAGUGGUUCGAGGGCAUUGUUGCAAAGCAAAAAGCUUCGUGGAAUGACUCCUAAAAAGGACGAGGACAUGAGUGCUUUUUUACAAGUCGGAAUUUAAAAUUACUGUAAUAUCGCCUGAACAUUUCACAUGAAAUUCUGUCAGUGAGGGGAACUGUGAGGAAGCGGGACGCGCGCCACGUGAAAAAUACAACUGCACUAGGCAUAUUUCUGGUCUUUGUAGUAAGUAAUUAAUCACAAAACUAUCACAAAAAUGAAGUAUCCUGGGGAUGAUCGAGGGGCACAAGAAGAAUCCCCCUGCAGCGCCCUCAGCACCUCUAGUUCCCACGGCUGUGCACGACUUUCAUUCUUUCGUGGAAACCAAAGUGAAAAAUUCUGUAGAAUGUCAUGAGGGGGAAUCGAUGAUGACGCAGAUUGACUUCACUUUUGAGUUAUUUUCCUGUAGAGCAUGUGAACUGAUAAACUCUCUCUCUCUUUCUGAAUGAUGCAUUGUUGUAGAAAAGCAGUAGCCUACUUUAUGUAGCUGACAAAUGACAAGAAAUUAAAUGACUGUAUAAGCAAUACAAAUUCAUAUUUGAUGGAACAAAUAAAGCCUUUGUACACAAAUUGUUAUGUUUUCUGUAGUGGAUCUGGAUCUCGAGCGCCCCGCGGUGACGCCCCGCCCCUCGACGCGCUGAGACACUUAUGAAGACUUGCCAACAUUUGCAGUUAUAUUAUGUGAUGGAACACAAAAUACAUCAAAUCCCAGUGAUACCACCUGAAUUUACUCAUGUAUAUGCUGAAAUGAGAUAUUAGCGAGAGUUGCCAUGUCCAUGAUCUCCAGUCAUGCAGGUAAACAGACAGAUUAAACAGCAGAAACAUUAGCUGUAUGAAUUCAAUACAAUCCUAAAUGCGGUAAAUUAUGCUUCAUAUUCCUUUGUGUUGUGACUGACAGACCAACAUGUUCCUGAACUAAUAAUUUGUACUUGGAAGUAAAUUAAAUCCGAUAAACCUUCUCUUUGGGGGCGUCCAGCAAAGACAGAAACACUGAUCUAUAACGAAUAAUAGGAUAUACACUGCUGUUUGGGGUCAGUAAAAUGUUUUAUGUUUUUUAAACAAGUCAUUACUCCAGUCUUCAGUGUCACAUGAUCCUUCAGAAAUCAUUCUAAUAUGCUGAUUUAUUAUCAAUGUUGGAAUCAGUUGUGCAAGAAUAUAUAGCCUAUAUAUAUAUGUAUGCAAUUUUUUUUAUUUAAAUUAAUUUUUUACUUUGAACAAUGAUGGCGCCAUCUUCUGGGGUGUCUUCUUAGCAGCAUAUAAAACUAAAACAGCUCCGUUUGAAGUAUUCCUGCUGAUGUUGCCUAUUGUCAUACAGCAGAUUAAUUUAACAUGUUAUGCUUUAACCUGCAGUUACAAAUGCAUAAAUAUUGUUAUGAUAUUUUAAACAUAAAACGCUGGCAACCGAUGUUUGAAAAUAAUUAAGAAAAAAAAAAUUAAAAAAUUAAAAGAUACUUUAAAUGUGAAAUUAAAGCCGCCAGCAGGUGGCAGCAUGUCACUGUUAUUAAGUGAGUCACUGCGAUUGAACCGAAUCAUUUAUCGGUUGAUUCAUUCAGGAACGAAACACCGUCAUGUUGAUCAGAGACACAAAACAGUGCUGUGGCUGUAUUUGGAAUUAUUUUUUUUGGCGAAAUUAAGCAAAAACAGGCAAUAUGGUGUCUAAAACUUAAGUCUCUUAUUUAACUUAAUUAAAAUCGUUUGCAAUCAUGGCGAUUUUUGGAGAGAGAAAACGGCACACUUCUGUGAUAUUGAUUAACUAUAUGAAAUUAUAAUCAUCAAUGUAAAUAUAUAAAUUUUCUGCCCCCAUAUCUUGAAUUUUGUUAUCAUUCUAAAUUAAUUUUAAUAGACUGAAUCAUGCAGUGAAAGAAUGCACUCUAGACACGCGCACACAAAUCUAAUAGAAUAUGCUAAUGCGUACCGAACCGAAAGCCUCCUACAGAACGGUUCAAUACGAAUACGUGUAUCGUUACACCCCUAAUAGGCCUAUAUAUAUAUAUAUAUAUAUAUAUAUAUAUAUGCAAAAAUACAUCAUACAUUAUUUAGGAUUUUUUGAUUAAUAAAAGUUUAAAAGAAAUCUUUUCUAACAAUGUAAGCCUUACUAUCACUUUUUCACUUUUUAAAAAAAAUCAAUUUAACACAUCCUUGCGUAAUAAAAGUUUUUUUUCUCUCCAAAAAAAAAAAAAAAAAUGCACUGAACCUGGUAGUGUAUAAUGUUACAAAAGAUUCAGUGUGAAAAUCACAGGUUCCAAAAAAAAAUAAAAAAUUAAG